UAAAAGCACUGAAGAGACUAGAGGUUUUGGAAAUGUCCCUGGAUGUCUUAGUGGAAACUGGAAUAGGAAAAACAGUCAAUGGUUUUAGGAAGCAUGAUACUGCUGGAAGUGUUGCUAAAUCCCUGGUAAGGCGAUGGAAAAAACUUCUCCCUUCAGAAAAUGGCAGUGAAUGCAAAGGAAGAAAGCGUGAUUCUGGGAGAGGCAAGAAGAAGCUUUCUGUUUCUAAGGAGAAUAAACAGUUAAGAGAGGAGUCUGAAAGUGCCCCAAGAGAAAAGAAAAGAUCUUCAAAGGCCCCAAAGAAAAGGCCUGCUGUGACAAGGUCUAAACCAAAGAGGAAAGAGGUGGUUAAACCUCACUGUGGGCUUAAGGUCAAAGAAGCCAGGAGUGGCCAAAAGCUGAAGGACUGCCCAGGGAGAGGAGAUGGGACAAGGGAGAGAGCUCCGGACCUGCUCUGCGCUCAUACUGUCAGCCACAGAGAUCCCUCCUGGAAAUCAGGACAAAGGAGCCCUCUGGCCCAGACUCCGGAGUCUGAGCUCACCGAAAACCAUGAAGAGAAUGGAGUCGAGUUUCCUGAAGGGGAGCAAUUUGAGCCUCCCACUAUGUCUUUUGAAUCCUACCUCAACUAUGAUCAAGUGCCCAGAAAGAGAAAAGGAAGGCCCAGCUGUAAAAGGGGGCGGCCUCCUCCGGCUCAGGACACUGAGAAAGGCCGGCCAGACUCAAGGACACUGACUCCUACUGCUGUCAGAGACCUGGACAUCGCUUCCCAGAAGCAAACCGAUCAGCCAGGAAAAAAGGCCAAGACCACAUCACUUGAAGAGCUCCUUAAUCUCCCACUGCCUAAAUUUCUGCCAGAGAUUUCCUUAGUACCUUCGCCCCCUUACGUUAUGGAAUUUAAAGCACCAUCAGCCAGCAUCCCUUGUAGCGAUCCGAAUCCUUUCGCGUGUCGGAGGCUGAAUUCCAAGAUGCAGGUGUACUCUGGAUCCAAAACCACCCACCUGCCAAAGAUGCUUUCCUUAUAUGUUCAGUGCAUCAGAGUGCUUCAAAAUAAUCUGGACUCCCUCCGUGAAGUGGGAGGUGUACCCUUUGAGCUUCUUGAGCCUGUCCUGGAACGCUGCACCCCCAAACAACUGAUCCAUAUUGAGGAUUGCAAUCCGACCUUCAUGGAAGAGGAUGACCAUCUCUGGAUGAAGCAUUGCCAGAGAGAAUUUAAAAAUGAGAGCCUUUUGGAGUAUGAAUCAUGGAGGGAGAUGUACUUGAGGCUUUUUGAUCAGAGGGAACAAAAACUGAAGACCCUCACGAAAAACAUUAUUUCUGCUCAGUCUGAAAAACCCAGAGGGCGUCAGGUGAAAAUGGCCUACAUGCACAGUACGGCUAAACCACCUAGAGAUAUCCGUCGGCAGCAAGAGCUCCAUGGCACAGCGGAACUUCAUUCUAACAAGUACAAAAAACGGACUCCUGAGAGCAGAGAGAGAAAACACUCUCGAGCAGCAAGCAGUAGUGUAGCAGCCACGAGCUCGAGCCCUCUUUCUAGUGGUUCCUGCCAGGAUGUCAAACGAGCUGGGAAAAAAAUGGCACCAAUGAUGGCCAAGUCCUUGAGGGCUUUCAAGAACCGGGUUGGGCCACGGUGAAGCAUUCUCCAAAAUGAAUUUUGACAGUCCAGAGAAACUGCGUACCCCCAUGAAAACUCCAUUAGACUUUCUCUCAUGGGGAUUGAAAAGGAUGAGUGUAAAGCCUUAUUUCUGUUGAGCCUCCUUAGGUAUCAAGAUUUGUUGCAUUAUGAUUUAAUCAUUUCUCAAGUUCUUCCUCAUCUUACCUUGAACUGCCAUUCAAUUUAUUGUGACUCCAUAACCCCUCAGCUCUAGGACACUUUUUGACAUUGUUCUGUACUUCAUGUGAUCAUCCUGGCACUAACAAUAAUUAUUUCAACUGAAAACAUUCUAUAUUUUCAUCUUUUUAAAUUAAAACAUGACU